CCUUCGUCCUGUGCUCUUCCCUCAUUCCACUGCUUCAUUAACACAGCUUGCUCAACUUUUGAACAGCUACCAUGAACGUAAAUGGUGGUCCUCGAUACAUUGGUGGACGGAGGUGCUUUUCUUCUGCUUCUGUCAUGGGUGGCCUAGGUGGAAGUCGAGGCAGCAGUGCUCCGGUGUGCCAGCCAAUUGCAAGACCAUGUGGAGCUGGCAGCUACUCCAGCAUGAGCCUCAAUAACUUUGGUGGUGGAAGCCGAAGAAUGGCUUAUGGCCAGGGCUUUGGAGGACACAUCUAUGGUGGCAUGGGUGGUCAAGGUUUAGGGGGACAAGGCAUGGGUGGACAAGGUAUGGGCAUGGGUGGACAAGGUAUGGGCAUGGGUGGACAAGGUAUGGGCAUGGGUGGACAAGGUAUGGGCAUGGGUGGACAAGGUAUGGGCAUGGGUGGACAAGGCAUAGGUAUGGGUGGUGGCAUGAACUAUGGUGGAGGAUUUGGAGGAGGUUAUGGUGGAUCUGAGUGUCAGGGUGGACAUGGAGGCUUUGGUAGGAUUGGAGGUUUAGGGGUUGGGGCACCAUGCAGAAGUGAAGGAAUCCGAGGGGUCUCUAUUGAUGAGCGCCUCUUGAAGCCACUUUUGGUUGGAGUUGAUCCAGAGGAGCACAAAGCACGAACCCAUGAGAAAGAGGAGAUGAAGACCUUGAACAACCAGUUUGCUUGCUUCAUUGAUAAGGUCCGAUCCCUGGAACAGCAGAACAAGGUGCUUGCUACGAAAUGGGAGCUUCUGAGCCAAUGUGUCCAACCAACAAGGAAGAACCUAGAAGCCUACUACGAGAAUUUCAUCGCGAACCUGAAGAAACAACUGGAGUGUCUCUUAAGUGAGAGGGGGAAACUGGAACAUGAACAGAAGAACAUGCAGGAAUUGGUUGAGGAAUACAGAUCUAAAUAUGAAGAGGAAGUCAAUAGGCGCACAUCAGCAGAGAAUGAAUUUGUGGUGCUCAAAAAGGAUGUUGACUGUGUCUUCCUCACCAAGGAAGAGCUGGAAUCUAAGGUGGAUGUGCUGGCACAGGAGCUGGAAGUUCUGAGAUGUGUCUUUGCGGAAGAGUUAACUCAGUUGGACGGCCAAAUCUGUGACACUUCUGUGGUUCUGAAAAUGGACAAUACACGAGACCUUGACAUGGACGUCAUCCUGAAGAAUGUAGAGGCCUGGUAUCAGAACAUUGCCCAUUCCAGCAAACAAGAAGCUGAAGCCUUUUACCAUAACAAGAUUGCAGAGAUUCAGAAUAAUCGGGGCAAAUUCAAUGAAGAGCUUAAGUGCAACCAGCAUGAGAUUGCAGAGCUCAACAGAGUGACCCAGAGGCUGCAUACUGAUCUGGAAAAUGCAAAGAAGCAGGUUGCCAGUCUGCAGUCUGCUAUCUGUGAUGCUGAGCACCGUGGCGACAUCGCCCUGAAAGAUGCCCGCAAUAAGCAUGUUGACUUGCAGACGGCCUACCAGCAGUCCAAGGAUAAACUGGCUUGCCUGCUCCGGGAUUACCAGGAGCUGCUCAACACCAAAUUGGCUCUGGAUAUUGAGAUUGCAACCUAUAGGGCAUUACUCGAAGGAGAGGAGAGCAGGAUAUUCACAGGGAAUCCUGUCAGCGUCGCUAUGGUCAGUGGCGGAUACCCGGUUGGCGAAUGCGCAUCUGGCAUGGGAGUUGGGAUGUCCCACAGCGUUGGUGCAUACAAUGGCAUGGGCGAAGGGUUCAGUUCUGGAAGCUCAGGUUGUGUCCACACGAUGGGCUCCAGAGCUGCGUCUGGCUCAGUCGGCAGGGCAGCAGGAGUUGCUUAUGGGAUGGGAGCGGGGAGCGGCGGAGGGGUUGGUUCCAAAAGCGGCGGCUACUCCUCGAGCGUUACCACCACUAAGCAUGUGGUGACCUCCGGGGGUGGAAGGCACAGCUCAGGCCUUUCCACAGACGGAAGCUGCGGAAGUGGGCACCAUGGGGUCGGAGGAGCCGGAGGCAUUGGUGGCACCUCUGGAAGCGGGGGAUUCAGCAGUGCAGCCUGUGGUCUCGGAGGCGCUGUGAUUGGAAUGCACAACGCUGGUGCAGCAUCUGGGGGAGGCAUCUUAGGGGCCGUGUACGGCGGUUCCCGCGGCGAAUGCACCACCGGGGGCAGAAACAUGCACAUUACAUCUGUCAGCUCUUCGGCCAGAAAAUGUGCCUAUUGAAGCCCAAAUGCUGGGAGGAAUGAACCUUGCCUGUAGACAGCUGCACGAAUCAUUAAAUUCAUGGCCAGAAGCAGCCAUGCGCUAGAGAAACAGCUAUACCAAACCUUUGGCAAGAAACAUCAUUGCCCACAAGAAUGAUUUCGUGUGGAUUGCUGUCACUUGGGUUCAAUGGCUCGGUAGCUGUCUUUGGGAUUUAUUUUGGCACUUCAAGCAAUCUCCCAUCCUGCCAUGUUUCUUCAAUCCCCCCUCCUUACCCUCGGGUUUUCUUGAACAGGCUAAAUUGGCAUCUACCGUAUUUGAACCCAGAUUCUCCACCGCCACCCUGCCCUUGUUCUACAGAGCCUAGCAAAGCAUUUCAGAAAGGGAAGUGAUGCAUCAACUGUCCAAGAUGGGACUGCCAAUAACAUCUCUCU